GACAUAGGUUGUCAAGGGACGCUUUAGUUUACGGAAGUUUUUGCAUUUUGCCGACAGCGGUUGUUGUAAUUUAUAUUUAUGUGUUUUUGUGAUUGGUGUGGAUGCUUUAAAUGUUUUAUUACUGCAGUUCAAGCCUGUAACAAGACAACGUUUAAAAAAAUAUCCUCUGGCCCAGACGGGAACCGACUUUUCGCCUUUUUAAGCGACAUACCCGAGCUCUGUGUGAUGCUGUAGCUUUGUAACCGACAUGGCAAAGGUUCCUCCCCCAGGAUCAGUCGUAGUCGCAGACUGGCAUCGAUAUAAAGACAGUAAAGAGUAUUUCAGCAAAAUUCUCCACAAGAAGAGACGGAGGAACUUUGGCCUUUUGGAGUCUCCAGUGAUGCCCCCACAUGUAGCUGUGGACACAGUUCAUUAUAAGAUCUUCAUCUCUGGUAAGAGCGGAGUUGGGAAAACUGCUAUUGCUGCACGUCUUGCAGGCAUGAAUAUUCCCAGCAUGCACCAUGAAACCACAGGCAUUGAGACAACAGUGGUGUAUUGGCCAGUGAAGUUAAAAGAAAGCAGCAGAGUGCUUUUCUUCCGUUUUCAGCUGUGGGACUGUGGAGAGAACGCCUUACGCAGAUUUGACCAUUUGCUUCCAUCCUGCAAGGAGCAAGUGGAUGCGGUCCUCUUACUAUUCUCCUUCACAGACAGGACAUCAUUCGAUGAUCUGCCAAAUCAGCUCGCCAAAUGGUCCGAGCCAUCUGUCAGGCGUGUUGUGAAAAUGGUGGUUGGCACCAAAUUCGACCUUUUCAUGCACUGUGAUGUGGCAGAGCGAGAUAUAAGGGACUUCCAGGAGACAUGGGGUAUCCCGGUACUGCGUACAGGCGGGGAGGUCACAGAUGGGCUAGGCGACGUAGCCUCACUCCUCAACUGCCUUGCAGAAAACCUGUGGCAUCAGGACUGCGUUACAGCUGGCUCAGCCAGCCACCAUUCGCAGGAGACAGUGACUCUGCUUUAAAAAUGAACGUUGUUUUAAACAGCCUGGACUGAACCAGAGAUGAGGGUGCUCACCUCUGAAUGGGGCUCAUGUUGAGAUGAUGAUACUACAUUACUUAUAUUACUUGGCUCCAAAUUAUGUAUUCUAUUAAAAAAAACACAAACAAAAAAAAAAACCCAGUAAUACUUAAAAAUAAAAUACAAUACAAAAAAAAAUCUGAAAAUUAAGUUUUGGAUUAUUAAUAUCACCUCAAAACAUCUUUUGGUGAGAGGAUAUAAAAUGCCACUAUGGCAUGGUGAGCAUAUUAAAUAUUUUGUCCGAUUGUCAUGGUACACACUUGUACUCCAGAAAGUGAAUUAGAAAUCAUUUUAUUAUUAAUUAAAGUUAACCGCACACUGCUUAAAAAUUAAUUGGUAUUUUAAAGCAAGUCAGAAACAACAAAAACGUCUGUAGCGAUGAUCUAGCUCAUCGUGAGGUUAGUGGACAUUUGAACACAAAGCGCACCGAGUGCAUCUUCACCAAGAACAGUGCAAAGUGUAGACUGAACCACUGAUGAACCUUAAAAAGUGAACAAGUUAACGUUGUUUCAGUUGUCAGUUACAUGGAGCCAAGUUUCGUCUUUAAAGUUUAAAGCUGCUAAAAGGUCAGUGUCUCGAUGACAGCGCCUUCAUCCAUGCCUCUUUCUCCGACCUGUAAUUUAAAAGAAGGCCAUCAGAUGGUGAGGGGGACUCCAACAGUUACAGAUUGUAUCCACUCUUGCCUUGUGUCUGUAGCGAUUAUCAUUGCAGUCGGAUGUCCAGUUUGAGUUUUAGAGAGAUGUAGCAGGAAGGAGCAUGAGGGCAGACCCAGGACUUCAGUCUUCACAGGCUGAACGCUCACGUGUUCUGGGAAUUGAGCAUGGUCCAUUACUUUAAAGCGCUCAUCUCUGAAAGGGAUGGGAAGUAAGAUUAGGAGCACAUUUUCAAUGUGGAUCAUAAGAUCCUAUUUUUCGUUGACUUGCACCAGCUUGGACUGUACAGAGACUAAAAAGUUUGAUUGCUAGGAUUGCUUGUCAAAUACUUUUUCAUAGAGACGAUCAAAAGGUCAUUGAAGAGGUGGAGGUAGACGCCAACGAAUGACAUUCUUAAUUUAUAAGUGCUCUCCUUGGUCAGCUGUUUCAGGGCUCCGUGGUGCACCAGGAAACGCUUGCUUGUGACCAGAGGAACUGACUGGAUGGAUGAAGAAGACGGACUCUGUUACUGCUGCAGGUUAAAGAAGACCACUAUGUAGUCUAUUAAAAACAUUUGUGUCAUCACCUUAACUUUUCCAAAAUCCAGCAGCAUUUCGAGGCAGACCAGCUCCUCAAUCUGUUUCAUUUUUCGGACCCCCUUGUCACACUCUGUCACUAUCUGGGGUCAGAGUAGUGCAGUUGUAAAAG